AAAAUAUCCAUAUGGAAUUUGCAAUGUAAGGUGAUCUUUGUUUCUGGUUCGCCACGUAUUCAACUUCAUCUUGGCGCCAGCCACAAACAAGUCACCUAACAGAAAAACAGAACUCUCUCUCUCUCUCUCUCUCUCUCCAAUGGCUCUCACUCUCCGAGUUGUAAAUGCAAAUAUAGGGUUUGACUCAUCUACUCGUUCACCUUUUGUUUCACCUCGUAAACGCUUCGUGAUUCGGUGCUCUCAAGUUCAGCAAUUAUCCAUUACACAAGAAUCUGAGAACUCACUCAUCGAAGCACUUGUUGGCAUCCAAGGACGAGGACGUUCUUCUUCUCCCAAUCAACUCAACGCUAUUCAACGUGCUAUUCAAGUUCUCGAGACUUUAGGGGGUGUGUCUGAUCCUACAAAUUCAAGUUUGAUUGAGGGUCGCUGGCAGCUCAUUUUUACUACAAGACCUGGAACUGCAUCCCCCAUUCAGAGAACGUUUGUCGGGGUUGAUUUUUUUAGUGUAUUUCAAGAGGUUUAUCUUCGAACGAAUGAUCCACGCGUAUGCAAUAUUGUAUCAUUUUCUGAUGCCAUUGGUGAGCUCAAAGUGGAGGCAGCAGCAUCCAUCAAAGAUGGAAAAAGAAUCCUUUUUAGGUUUGACAGAGCUGCAUUUUCUUUUAAAUUUCUUCCAUUUAAAGUUCCAUAUCCAGUUCCAUUUAAGCUACUUGGAGAUGAAGCAAAGGGUUGGUUAGACACCACAUACUUGUCGCAUUCCGGAAACCUUCGCAUCUCUAGAGGAAAUAAGGGAACCACAUUUGUGCUGCAGAAGCAAACUCAACCUAGACAAAAGCUAUUAACCGCAAUUUCGUCGGGGGUGCGUGUUGCAGAGGCAAUAGAUGAACUCAUUUCCUUAAGUAAGAAAUCUGAAGAUAAAGAACCAGAACUAGAAGAGGGUGAGUGGCAGAUGAUAUGGAAUUCACAGACUGAGACAGAUAGUUGGUUCGAGAAUGCUGCCAAUGGUCUGAUGGGAAAGCAGAUUAUUGGGAAGAAUGGACUAAUAAAGUAUGUGGUUGAGACCUUGUUUGGGCUGAAAUUCUCCAUGACUGGAAAUUUUGUAAAAAGCGGCCCAAAAAUGUAUGAGGUUACAAUGGAUGAUGCAGCCAUAAUUGGGGGCCCAUUUGGAUAUCCCCUUGAUUUUGCCAAGAAGUUCAUCUUGGAGAUUUUAUUCAGUGACGAGAAGGUCAGAAUUAGCCGUGGAGACGAUGAAGUUAUUUUUGUACAUGUUCGCACGGAUGCAUCACGGUGAUCGAAUUAGUAAUGAUUUAUCAUGGGAGUCCUCGAAGAAGAUUGGACAUCAUUCUGUGGGUGAAGGUUUGACAUCAAGUGUGUAUUUAACCAUUCCUGUUAACCACACAUAUCAUUGCUAUCUAAACACUAUUAUAUAUGCAAAUGACAUCAUUCAUGGUAACGACUAUAGGGAAAUUGAAUUCUUUGAAAUCCCGUUGCUUCAUGAAAACCCAUGAACGCCUUGGCAUCGCAUUGAAAGAGUUGAAAGAGUUGAAAGAAUGUUUAGAGUUCUCCUUA